ACAAAGAAAUAUAUCUCUCUUCAUUUCUCAUUCUCUCUUGGAGAAUGUUUGAUUGCCUAUAUUUCGAACCUAUAUUGAUGAUUUCCACCAUAGAAAAUGUAAAUUUGUGGCUUUGCUUGAUGUGAAGUGCAUGAAAUUCAUAACUGUAGUGCCGAAAUAAUAUUUUAAAUCGCGCCAUAACCUCAAAAGGGUCAUCGCCAAGACAACCAUCUAUAUGUGAACGAACUGUUUUAGUGCUGAAGAUGAGUUUCGGAAGAAAACCGAACCAUUUACCUGCAGCCAGAGGUCCCUUCGUUCCUGGUGCAGCUGAUGUGAUGCUCGAUUAUUCUAUAGAUGGCGUAUUGAUGAGAGUUUAUUACCCAACAGACGCAUCUAAAAACGAUAAUGACAACCACAGAAAAUGGAUACCCUGGAUCCCUGACUCAGAUUACCUAGAUGGUAUAGCUUCUGUUCUGAUGCUACUUCCUGUUGUGGUGAAAGGGUUGAUAUGGUGGUCUGGUAACAUUCAUGUUCCUGUUCUUUUCGGCGAAAGGAUCAGGAAACCUAAGGGUGAAAAAAUGAAAUGCAUCAUAUUGUCGCACGGACUUGGAGGCAGCAGAUUCUUAUACAGCCUCAUCUGCUACGAGCUUGCUUCUCAAGGAUUCAUAGUGUUCGCCAUUGAGCAUAGGGAUAAAUCCGGACCUUAUACUUACUACUACCAAAACGAAGAACAUGCCAAAAACGACUGCAGAACAAGCAUCAGAUACAAGAGGAUUCCACUCGAUGGAGGCCAUUUUGAAACUAGGAAAAAACAAGUGCAUCUACGAUCCGACGAAUGUACAAAAGUGCUUGAUUUUAUUUUGGGUCUGAAUGCAGGCGAUGUCCCACACAAUGUGAUGGACGAUGUGAUGUGCAGACAGCGAUUGUCUAACUUCAAACUGUCCGACCUUGUUGGCCAUUUGGAUGUUGAAAACAUCAUCAUGAUGGGGCAUUCUUUUGGUGGAGCAACUGCUUUGCUUACUCUGAGCCGAAGGAAGGAACUAAAGUACGGUGUGCUGUUAGAUCCAUGGAUGUUUUCCAUAAAGGACGAGAAGCUUGAUGAGAAAGUGAAUCAACCACUUUUAUUCGUAAACACACAAACUUUUCAUGUGAGUGCGAAUACAGAAGCAAUGUCAAGGUACAUGACUGAUCCCCAGAAGCGAGAGAUGUAUACGAUAUUGCAUACCACCCAUGAAAACCAAUCUGAUUCUGUGCUGCUCAUAGGCUACUGGCUGAACUGGUUCAUGAAAAAGCUAAACCCUUACAUGGCUCUGAGAAUCAACAAUUCUCUGAUACUGAAAUUCUUGAGUAUUCAUGUCGGACAUCCAAGUGAAGCAACAGAGCACGAAGAUCUGAUAAACGAACAAAGUAGAAAUAUUGAAAAGGGUCUUACAAAGCCGUGGGUAUGAUUUUACUGAGAUAUUUAUUUAGUUUUUCUUUUUUUAUCGAUUAUGGAAAUAAAGAUGUUAUUUAUUUUUAAA